AUUUUAUUGAAUUUUUAAAUGUUAAACCAUGAAAAGCUGUUCCCUUAUUGUACUUCUAUGCCCUUUUAUAAUUUUCAACACGAAAUAUAUAAAAAAUUGCAUACAUUCGAUACUAUAUCCAAUAAUUAUUCAUCUCAAACCCUCAUUCACCAGAGUGCUUGCACGACGCAAAGGAGCGCCAUUUUCUUAACCUUAAGGCGGGGAUAUGUGAAUUUGUUAUUAAAUAUGUGGCCCUUCAUAAAUGUUGGAUAUUUUAGUCCAGAACGUCAACGGUUGUCGUAAAGAUAACAAGAAAUAAAGUAGAUUCGUUAUGGAAAAUGGUCCAAAGGACCCUUUUUUAGAAGCAUGGGUGUCAGAGCACACAAAAAAUGGAGUAGUGGCCCCUGUAACAACAAAAUUCCCUGGCGGGAAUGAUGCUACUAAUCAACUAGAGAAGUUAGAUUGUGAAGUUCCAAAAAUUAAUGGGGAUAGCACCAGAAUUAAUAAUAUAGAAGAGAAUUCUUAUAGCUCAGAAAGUGACGCCUUGGUAAUUAAUGAGAGUGAUAACAGGCAAGAAAGUAGUAAAACUGAGUUAUACAAAAAUUUGACAUUAAAUAAUAGUGAAAGAGACAUUUUAAACAAUGUUAGUGAAUCAGUGACUCAUUCUAAUCCAUACUUCAAUGAAUCUCUGUUUGAAUUAUCACAACUGCACCAAACCAGCCAGGAGGACGAAUUAGUGGUUAAUACUAAAGACAACAAAUUCGAAAAAAGUGUUAAAAAGUUAAAAAAGAAACUCAAACCAAAACAAAGAAUAACCGAGUAUGCUCAAUAUCUAGGUUUACAACCUUCUGUUCAGUUUAAGUGCUUUAAGUGUAAUAGGGCCGGUUUCGAAUCAUUACCAAGUCUACAGGAACAUUUAGUUCAGUGCGAUGAAGAAAAUGUCCAAGAAGUGUCACAGGAUAACAAUUAUUCUGGCUUUAAGUUAACAAGGAAAGUAUUUUUGUGUUCGGCAUGUGGUACAUACUAUGAAAACUGGAAUUUGUACAUACAUAUGCUGGAGUUCCACAAACGAUUCAUAUGUUUAUACUGUUUAGGAAUGUUUUCAAUUUUAGAAGAUCUGUGUCAGCAUAUUCAGUCUAGACACAAUCUCGAACCUGGUUACAAAAAUACACUUGAUGAAUUUUUUAAUGUUUAUAACGAACCUUGCUAUUUAGCUUGCUGUGAAUGUGACAAACUGUUUAGUGAACAAGACAAUUUUUUCUAUCAUAAUUGCACUGGUAAGAAUAAAUUUAAAAAGCAACCAGUCAAACAACUGAUAACCCCUGAAAACCACGUAACAGGAGAAUCGGAGACACAUAUUGAAAAUAUAGAAGAAGAAACUGUAAAUCCGCAAACUGAAAAUCCAGAAAAUACACAAGUUAUGGAAAACUGUAAUGAUAUGCAAGAAAAUAUAACAGACAGCAUUGAAAAUGAAAAAUACAAAGACGACGAAGUUCCUAAGAUAGAUACGAAUAUAAAAAACGAAGAAAUAGAUGAAAAUAGUCACUCUUCAAAAGAAAAUAAUACAUCUGAGAAAAUGUUUAAAGAACAAAAUGAUUUUUUAGAACACUUAAAUCAUCAUGAUGAUAAUGAUAAUCAUCAUGAUGAUAAUGAUGAUAAUCAUAAUGAUGAAAUUCAUAGUCCUGGUUUGACUAUAGAUCAUGAAAAUACUAAUAAUUGUAAUGAUAAUUAUGAUACUUCAAGUAACAAAUCAAAUGAUCAAAAUGAUUUGAAUGAUGUUCAAGCAGACGAAGAGAAUAACAAAGAUGAUAAUGAUAAAGAAGAACCUGAAGAAUAUAAAGAAGAUACUCGAAAAGUUCCGAAGCUAUCACUUAAAUUGCCAAAAUUUGAUGCUUACGAAGCAGAUCCUGAAGACAGCAAUGAUAGUGAAAAGCUUACUAUGGAAAUAGAUCAAAUAGAAAGCGAGUAUGAAAAUGAUAUAGAAAACGGAGACGAACAUCCUAGUAAAGACCAAGACCAAGAUAUUGAUGAAGUUAAAGAAGAACCGAAAGAAGCAGAACAAGAAGAAUCUGCUAAAAAACUAUCACCACAGAUCGCUGUUGCCGGGCCAGAUACUGCAAUUAUAGAGUUACAAUUAGAGCAGCCGUUAGAUAAGUUUGACCCUCGAGUUUUGUUGCAGAAGUGCUUGAAAAUGACUGCACCUACUUGUAUAUAUUGUAAUCACGCACGAAAGAUCUCUGUUAAUGGGAAGCAGCUGGGAUUGCAUUGUAUAGCAGAGCAUAGGUUUUCAGCUACAGUCAAUAGCAUUACUGCUGAAGAACUGAUACCCCAAAACUUUGUAAAUAGGAUAAUGGAGAGUUUAGAAGAGCUAUCUUCGGCAUUCUUCAGCUUAGAAUCCAGUUUUAGUGACGAAGCAAUAACAUUCUCCCAUGGAUUUGAAUGUUUCCAAUGCCAUUUCAGCACAACAGUUCACAAAGAACAUUAUCUUCACAAUCGAAGAUUCCAUUCGAAAAGUCUGUUGCUUUGUAUUAUGUGUAAAUCAAACUUCUAUACUUACAGUGAACUAGUGUGCCACUUGUGUCCUGGCGUGUACAUUUUAGACUAUGAAUUAAAAUUUAAGUGUUGUAUGUGUGUGCAUGAUGAUCUACCUAGUUCUUUUCGAUUGAUGGUACAUCUUAGGAAGAAACAUAAUGUUUGUGAUGUGUGUUUGGACAGCUGUCAUACUCAACAUCGACUGUCAAAUCAUGUGUGGAAGCAUAAGUUACAUCAUUUUUGUUACAGGUGUGCAAUUGCAUAUAGAAAUAAAUCAGAUAUUCAAAGGCAUCUCUUCUGGAAACACGGUACAGAGAGCGUCCCAUGCAAGAAAUGUCUACAGAGGAAAUGGCGUCAUGUCUACCACUUCUGUGUUCCCCCUGCUAGUUUCAGUUGUGAUGAGUGUGCAUUGUCACUUCGAAGUGCAGUUGCGCUUAAAGUGCAUAAACGGUUGCAUACUGAUGAAAAGAAACAUUCUUGUACAUUUGAAGGCUGUGAAGAAAAGUUUAUAUCGAAGAAAUUAUUAGAGAAGCACAUGAAGAGGCAUUUAGAGCCCCCAGAAGAACCUAAAGUAGAAGAGAAGGAGCCAAUAGCUGAAGAAAUAAAGGAAGAGGUCGAUAACAAUGAGGAAGAGCCCAAAAAAGAAGAAGAAAAAGCCGAAGAAAAGCCCAAACAGAAAAUCGACGUAUUAGAAGAUCUCCCAGCUCUUAAUCUUUCAGAAAGUGAUAGUAGCAGUGACUCUGAGGCAGAACCAGAACCACAGAUUAAACCAGAACAAAAACCAGAUUCUGUGACUGAGCUUGAACCUCCUGGAGAUUUACCUCCUUUAGACAUAUUACAACAAGAGAAAACCAGUUCUGACUUUCCCAUGGAAGAAAUUUCAAAUAUAGUUAUGCAGAACAUUUGGGAUAACUUUCAGAAUUACCAACAGCAACAGCAUAAGUUGGACACCAUGUUUGGCGAUCAAGAGAAAAUGGAAGAAGAUAUUGUAGAUAGUUAUGUUGAAAAGUCUGAUAAUUUUAUUAUAGAUAUAAUAAUGAGAGAUCACAAUUAUUGUGCUAAACUUGAGGAUGUCCCUAAAGAUACAACAAUAGUUGAAGUUAAGCCUGCUCUUAAUGAAAGUGUAGACCAUGACUACUGUUUUGUAAAACCACAAAUAGAAGAAGAAAAAGUGGAACCAAUACCUGAACCACCGGUUGAACCUCCUAAGGUAGAAGCGAAACAAGAAAAAAAACCUGGCAGCUCCUCGAGUAGUAGUAGCAGUGAUUCGGACUCAUCUAGUUGUUCAUGUGGUUCUAAUUGUAGCUGUAGUUCAAGUUCAGGCAGCUCCAGUUCGUCGUCAGAUAGUUCUAGUUCUGAAAGUUCUUCUGAAGAAGGUAAAAAGAGGCAAUUAGCCAAGAAGCAGAAGAGGAAAGAAAGAGCGAAGAAACUGAAAGAAGAAAAAGAAAAGGCUACCAAAGUUGAUGUAGUAACGGAUGCUGCUCCCGUAAUUAUUGAAACCCCUAUCCGAGAAUCAGACUUGGAAACGACAGAAAGUGAUACGGAUGAGGAAUUCUAUGACAUCGCCCCACACUUGCUGGCCAAAAAGAUUCUCGAAGAGAAACGCCAACAACUUCUCGAAUUAAUGGGUCCAAAUAAUGUUCCAAACGGCUCAUUUAUAGAAAGCACAAGCAGGCCACCUACGCCACCUCCAGAAGUCGUAGAGCAGGAACACGAAGAAAAAAGAAAGAAGAAAUCAAAAUCGAAAAAGAAAAAAAAGAGGAGGGCAGAGAAGAGGCCAGCAGAAGUUAUCGAGGAAGUUACAAAUAAUAUUAUCUCACCAGAUAUACCCAUUCCACCGUAUUACCAACAAUUCCAUCAGCAGAUCCAACAGCAACAGCAGCUGCAACAACAGCAAGAACAACAACAGCAAAUCCAGCCGCAGCCGCUCACUGUAGCUCCAAUUACCUUGACAAUUCCUAAAACUUCUCCAAUAUCUAGUCCUUCAGCUUCAGUGUCUACGCCAGUUCAAACAGCACCUUACUCUAAAGUACAAACUGAGUCUCUAUAUAGUAGGCGAGAUUCGUCUGAGUCUAGUUUGAGGGCGUCAAAACGUCGUAGGGUACCCAACAAAUUCUAUGGAUAUUCUAGCGACGAAGACCAGGAGAAGCCGGCAACAAAAUGGCGUAAAACUGAUACACCUCAAACUCCACGAUCACCCUUAGUAGUUCCUCCAAUAACGAUAAGGGCUCAGCCAACCCCUCCUCCUCCACCUCAACCGACUAUAGAACCUAUUUCGAUUCGGACGGGAACUCACCUCAGCGAUUUUAGGGUGCAACGGCCAAGGCCAAAGCCGAGCAUACCGCCCAUUCGACUGCUGGGUCGGCAUCUUGGGGGAGAUGGAGACAGCGAGAGCGAUUCUAACGAUUCUAGUUCCGAAGAGCCUAGUAUCACGCCCAAACCUGCGCAGCCACAACUCUACUGUUACUGCCAAUGUCCAUAUGAUGAGGUAUCGGAGAUGAUCGGCUGUGAUGCCACCGAUUGUGACAUCGAAUGGUUCCAUUUCGAAUGCGUCGGAAUCAUGGUUCCGCCCAAAGGACAAUGGUUCUGCCCUGAUUGCAGAAAGAAGAAAGCCAGAAGGGAGUUAAUGGCCAACAUGAAAAAUAAUUAAAUUAGUAAAAAACUAGGUGUUUAGUGACUAAAAGUGCGAAAAGAGAUGUGACGUGCUUCGUGGUUUUGGACACUUAUUGAAUUUUGACUAUUAUAGGUAUUAAUAUUCUCUCAUUGAUUUGUUUAGUUAAACCGUAUUGGCAGUUCAAAUGCUGAAAGUAUUCAUAAAAAAAGAUAAUUUAUGUCCACAAGUACAAAAAAAACUAAUAAUGCCAAUAAUAUUUAUUGUAUGUCAUUUAAAUUUGUCUCGAGCUGGAAUAUUUGUUAAUAUAAUAUAGAUCUGGAUCAUUAAAUUUGUUCUUUUAAUUCUGUAUUUACAUUUACGAGCCCUAACAAAUAUAUGUUGGAACAAGCAGUUAUUUUGCGAAUAAAAUGCCAAUUUACCGAAAUUAUUUUAUAUUUACUUAUCUUUUUUUUUUAAAUUGUAGAUACGAUUAACAACAUUUUUUUUAUGUGUAGAAUUAUUUUUACGGUUUAAUUAUGUAUUUUAUGUUUAGUAUUAAUUAUUCUUUAAUUAAUUGUUGGAUAAUCGAAAAAUGCUGACAACUAAAUAUUGGAACAAGAGGUUUUUAACAAAUAAAAAUAAAAAUUAAUAAGGCGUAACGUCGCCCUUGGCUUAAAUAACAGCCUGAACUCUAUUAGGCAUUGUAUCAACUAGGCCUUCGGGGGUGAAACUAUCCAAUAUUUCUUGCAAUUUAGCGUAUAUAUGUAGUUGUGACAAAGUACGCUAAGGGUUAUUUCUUAGGCGUUAUUUAAUUUUGUGCCUCUAUUCGAUUGUACUAGUACACUUUAGAAGACCAACAAUAAGCAUUUUUUCAAGAUUUUUGUUCUCAGAACCUUUAUUAAAAAUGAACAUAAAACUUUUUAUAUGUUAAUAUCUAACUCUUAGAGAAUACAAAAAAUAUAUAUUUUUUCAUUUAUGUACGUACACCAAUAUUGUAGAGAGUCGAGGCCUCGAAAAAAAGUAGUUUGGAUUGGGAUCUCUGAAACAAAAAAAUCGUACGCCAUUUGAAAAAGGAAGGUUUCUUACGUGACAAUUUACCACCGUUAGUAAAAAAUUCCCCAAAAAAAAAGAUUUUACGAAAAUUUGAAAAAAUUUUGUGAAAAAAUCACCCGUUUUGCUUCAGUUUUUCAUGGUUAAAAAAUAUUUAUUUUUAAUUUUUUGGUCAAAUUGUGGUAAAUUGUCACGUGAGAAACCUUCCUUUUUCAAAUGCAGUACGAUUUUUUUAUUUCAGAUAUCCCAAUCCUGAGAUUAACAGUCCGCCAUAAUUUUUCGAGGCUUCGACUUUUGCGCCCUCUACAAUAUUAGUGUACGUGCAAAAAUUAAAAAAAAAUAUUUUUUGUACUCUCUAAGAGUUAGAUAAUUAUAUGAAAAAAGUUUUAUGUUCAUUCUUAAUAAAGGUUACGAGAAAAAAAUUCUUGAAAAAAAUUAUUAUUUUUAGUCUUCUAAAGUGUACUAGUACCUUAAGAUCCGGGCUGCUAGAAGGAUGUGACAAAACUUUAAUGUCAUGUUCACCCAUCCAUUUCUUUGGUAGAUUUAGCUGUAUGGCAUGAGGCACCAUUCUAUUGAAAGAUAAAAUCUUCGCAUGGAUAUAUCGUUGCCGCACUUGGUAAAAACGAAUGUUCAAGGAUAUCUUGAUAUUUGGAUGAGUUUACUUUUGCCUUCAAUAAAAUGUAAAGUUCUCAAUCCUUUGGGCGACAUACAACCCCACACCAUGAUGUCCUGUGGAAACUUUACGGUCCUUUUGAGACAAUCUUUGUGGAAUGCUUCUGUUGUUUCCCGAUUCACACGCUUUCAGUAAUCUCCUACACAGAUAUCACAUUUGCUUUCCUCGCUAUAGAUAACUUUGUUAUCUAUAUCCCAGUUAAGUUUGAUCCACGAAAGUUGUGAUAUAGCCCAAAUAUAACGAUUCCUUUUUUGAGUUUUCGUCAACAAUAGUUUUCCUUUGGCAUAUUCGAAUAAAUAAAAAAUAGAAAAUUUAUAUCGCAAAGAAGAAUCUAUCAAAUAUACCUUAUCGAAACUAAGACCGAUUUUGCGGAUAUAUUUGCGACGGCAUUCUCUGGAAACAUUCUUCCUAAUUUCUCUAUAUCAUCUAGCGGUUACUUCUCGUAGUGUAUUUCUUCUUACCGACUUACAAAUUCUAAUUGAAUGCCUUACAUUCCUUUGAGAAAUAGCUUUUGGACGGCCUGAGCUUUGCCGCAUCAACACUGGCAGUUUCACCGUAUUUCUUAAUUGUAUUAAACACAGUAGUUGCUACAGUCAAUUCACUGGAAAUUUCACGCAUUGUUUUCCCUUUUAGUCCAAGAGGCAGCGCUGAAAAAUCUCUCUGAAUUUACUAAAGUAGCUUUUUCACAGUUAAUUACUGUGAUUGUAUAGAGAAACAUACUGCGGUCGGUCAAGCGAAACGUAGAACUGAUAGGUUAUCAAAGUUGCUUUCCUACGAAGGUAAUGCAAUCCAUUUAAUAAGGCUGAAAAUGAGCAUUAAAACAUUCUAAAUUGAAUAUAAAUAAAAGUUAUUAUAGUCGGUCAGCUGUAUGACGGGACAGAGCCGGUCGGUCGGCCGCAGUGAAUUUACAUGGUUAUUCAUUAUACUUUGACCCCCCUGUAAACUCUUUUAUUUACAGAAUUAGAAAAAAAUGUAAACUAUAAAAUUUAUUCGAUUUUUAAAUUCUGAUUUUUUGACAUAUCGUACUAACCCAUCAGUAACCCCUGUUCUACGUUUCGCUUGACUGACCGCAGUAUGUUUCUCUACACAAUCACAGUAACCAACCAUGAAACAACUAGCUUUAAUAAAUUCAGAGAGAUUUUUCGGCGCUGCGUCUCCCUCCGUCUAUUUGGUACAGAAGAAUAAUAAUUUCUCGCACUUUUGGAUCAGUAGGUUUUCCACGUGCCAUGAUUGUAUUUUACUUGUAAUAAAACUGACGGUUGUUAAUUUAUUCAUAUUCAAAUGACGCGUUAUAAUUAUUGUUAACAACAAACUAGCUACUCGUAUGUUUGAUUUCAAAGCCUUCUUUCCGCCAGGCUGAUAAAACUUCACGCGUUUCUUGCCAGGCACGCUAAAACGCUAGGAAAAUCAAAAAAUGUUGCAAAUAUUUAGUUGUGGGCAGUUUUCGAUUAUUAAACAAUUAAUUGAAAAGUAAUCAACAUAAAAUAUAUAAUUAAACCGUAAAAAUAAUUCCAUACAUCAUAAAAAAUGUUAAUUUAAAAAAAUUUAAAUAAAAGAAUUUCGGUAAAUUGGCAUUUUAUUCGCAAAAUAACUGCUUGUUCCAACAUGUAGUUGUUAGUGCUCGUAAUACUAGUGGCUGUAAUAUUUAGCAAUGGUGAUAUAUAUAUUUGUAAAUAUAUGAUAAAUGGUAGAAUUUAUGCGUUUGGGAAUAAAUUAAAAACUGACUGCAUUGAAAAUUUGAUCUAUUACAUAUCAGUUUCAUAUUAAUUUCAACAAACCCUAUGUUUUUUAACAUGUGGUACUGCUGUUGUUUGGUAUGGUAUAAUUUUUUCCACAAGUGGUUUAAAAAUUAACAAAAAAGUUUGCAACUUAGUACAUAAUUUAAUUAGUCCUACCACUUUGGUUUUCUGUACGUACUAUGAUACCAUACAAAAUGGUACCAUGGAAUUAUGCUAUCUAUUCGAUACGCGUUUUAUUUUUUCUUGUCAUUUGUAUAUUUUUUAGCAUAUGGUUUUGAUAUUUAAUGUUAUGUUCGAUAUUAAAUCUGAAAGUAAACUGGA